UAUCCUCAUUCGGUGUACGUCUCACAAGCUAUCAACAUCAGCGGGAGCAGAAUAAGUUAUCUGGUACCAACAAACUACUUCUCACCAUUCUUAGUUUGCUGCCAUGACAUCAAAAGAGGAUGCUGCUGAGUUUGUGGAUAGACACAGGGCUGAGCUCAUCCAGAGGGUUCGCAAGGUGAUGCCCAUAGCAGAUGAUCUGCUCAGAAGGGGCAUGAUCCAAUAUGAAAUGUUUGCUAAUAUUUCAACUUCCAAGACCAACCCAGGCAAGAUGAGAGAGGUGUACAAAGCAUUGCAGUCAGGAGGGACACCACUUAAAGCAGCCUUCUAUAGGAUUCUGCUGAAAAAUGAACGUCUUCUGAUCAUCAAUCUGGCUGCUGAGUUUGUGGAUAGACACAGGGCUGAGCUCAUCCAGAGGGUUCGCAAGGUGAUGCCCAUAGCAGAUGAUCUGCUCAGAAGGGGCAUGAUCAAUCCUGAGGUGUACUCUAAUAUUCAAACUGCCAAUACCAGCCAGGACCAGAUGAGAGAGUUGUACAAAGCCGUACAGUCAGGAGGGCCAGAAGUUAAAUCAGCCUUCUACAGGAUUCUGCUGAAAGAGGAACCUCAUCUGGUCAUCAAUCUGGGCCCUGCAUUACCUCCUGCCUCCAAUAUAUUUCCUGGGACAGGAGGAAAACCUGCUGCACUUGCAUCAGAUGAGGAAUCGGUUGGAAAGAUCAGAUACUACACCAAUAACCAUCUUGGAACAGGUGCCGAUGGAAUUGUGUUCAGGGGUUACUUCCAUUGUGAUGAUGUCAACAAGCGUCCUGCGGCAGUGAAGAGAAUUGAACUAGCAAAACAAAGCAAUGCUGAUCGAGAGGUCGCUUUGCUUCUUCAAUUGGACGACAAUCCCCAUGUCGUCCGCUACUUCUGCACUGAGAAGGACAGGCAAUUCCUAUACAUUGCCAUCGAGCUGUGUGCCGUCUCUUUAGAUAAGUGUUUUACUGAAGAAAAUCCUUUUGACCUUCGCGGACUGAACCCAGUGAUGCUGCUGCAGCAGACCAUGAUAGGACUGGAACACCUGCACUCUCACAACAUAGUCCACCGUGAUGUGAAGCCCCACAACAUCCUGUUGAAAGACCACUUUGACUCAGUCACGGUCAAGAUCUCAGACUUUGGGAUGAGUAAGCAGUUGGUGGACGGCAGACAAAGCUACAGUAUGAGGUCGGGAGCCCUUGGCACCAUGGGCUGGAAUGCCCCAGAGGUCCUGGAUGACAGCAGGAAAGUAAACCCUACCAGUGCUGUGGACAUCUUCUCUGCCGGCUGUGUGUUUUACUAUGUGUUGACAGGAGGAGAACAUCCAUUUGGAAAACCCAAUAGGCGGGCUGGUAACAUCGAGGAUGGCAAAUACAACCUUGAUGGAUUACAGAAAGACAAACAUGAGGACAUCGUGGCCACAGACCUGAUAGAACAGAUGCUGAGCAUGGAGCCCCAGAGGAGGCCUUCUGCUGAGAGCGUGCUCAAACACCCCUUCUUCUGGAGCCUGGAGAAACAACUGAUGUUCUUCCAGGACGUGAGUGACAGAAUUGUAAAUGAGACAUCGGAUGGUCCAAUCAUACAGCAGCUAGAGUCAGGGGGACAGGAAGUGGUGAGGAAUAACUGGAUGGAACACAUCACAGCAGUUCUGCAGAAAGAUCUAGAAAAACGUAAAGGAGCAUAUGAAGAGGGCUCUGUUAAAAGUCUUCUACGUGCCAUAAGAAACAAGAAACACCAUUACCAUGAUUCUCCUAAGGAGGUCCAGGAGACUCUGGGCUCCAUCCCUGAUGGCUUUGUCUCCUACUUCACCUCCCGCUUCCCCCACCUGCUGCUGCACACCUUCCUCGCCGUGCGUUCCUUUGCUGAGGAGCUGACUUUACAACACUACUACCUCGAGUCCAAACAUGAAACUUAGACAGCAGAAGAGGACACAACCCAGCCUGACGUGACGACAACCAAGCCAACAACUAAAAAAAUGUGACCAUAGUGUGAAGUCAGGCGCUCCGCUGAGAAGUACUCCAUCCCACACCAGCAAACCUCCAAUCUAUGUCAGUACACUGUAUUGUCACGGUUCUUUUUACAUGAACAAUAUUGGUUUGUCUGAAGAAGAAGCAAUCACUUUCACUUGUAUGCAGAUGACACUGUUGUGUAUGCUAUUUCACCGAUGGCUGACCAGGUUCUGUCAGAGCUUUAAUCUGCCUUUAUUGUCUUGCCGAAAGCCUUUAUUAACUGAAAUUGGUACUUUAUGCAGGUAAAACCAAGUAUAUAUUAUAUUCCAAAUCACGUAAAAAAUGUAUCUGAUGAUUUAUGCAUACGUACAUUGGAUGGUGCCCUCAUUGAUUAUGUCCCCAACUAAUCAAUAUCUAGGCAUCUGGAUUGAUGAUAGUCUGUCCUUCAAAAAGAAUGUUGAUGAGUUCGUUAAAGGUGCAAUAUGCAGAAAUCACUCUGCCAUUCCUGGUUUCUUAAAUUGCAACAGUUUGCCUAAUUUCAGUUUGUGACAAAACAAGUAAUAUACUGUAUAGUGUAGAGAAUCAUUGCACCAUCUAAACUGUGGUGAAAUAUCUCUUCAGUAGUAAGAAUAUUGUAUUUCCAGGUGUUUGAAACUGGUGUACAAAACUGAAAGUAAAAGGAGUAAAAAUGAAACUAAAGAACGGGAAGCAUAUAAAUAGUGCACAUAGAACAUCUACAGCUUGUUAGACUUGCUGUCAAUGGGAAUGACAGAUCGAUAACUCACAUUUCUAUGUGAAUUUGGUCAGGUCGCCCAAAGUGACAUAUUGCAGCUUUAAAACGUGAAGGUAGUCAGAAAUGAGUAUGAUUAUCUUGUAUUCUUUGUUUAUUGAAGAGGGUUCUGUUCAUUUCCUGGUCUGAGAAUUGAUGGGCAAGCAGUGGUGCGUUCGACUGCAUAGUUAUUGAAUGGGACAGGUAAUGUGGUAGUAGCUUAUCCCAGGGGAUGUACAUGUUUAUAUCCCAGGUUGUAUUGAUGCUUAAAGCAGGGGAAGCCCCUUUAUUGAUAUGUGUGCAUGUAUACUGUAUGUUCAAGUAUGUUUAUGAUCUGAAGACAUUUAUAUUGUAAUUCAUGUCUUUUGAAUGUUGAUUGAGUGUGUGAAAUGCCUUGCUUUUAUUGGUUAAAUGCAUUAUGGGUAGGAGUAUAAGAACCCUGUAUUCUCAUGGUUUUAGAGACCGACAGGGUAAGGUCUAUUUAUUUGAUUAUGUAAAUAAUUGUACUGUUUGCCGGCUCUUUAUCCUCACUUUGCAAAUAAAAGCCUUACUCUGAGCAGGAAAAAUCA